AUGGCCGGCUUCGUACUCAGGAAAUUGGCAGCUGAUGACAGUGCUGAUUGGAAGGAGACCAGAGAACCUCAGUCAGCUUUAAACUCUCUGAAGCAUUAUUCAAGACGUGAGAAACAAUUCAGCUGCUCGGAGUGUGGGAAAAGAUUUGUCUUCAAGUAUAGUCUGGACGGACACAUGAUGACUCACACAGGAGAAAAGCCUUUUAGCUGCUCUGUGUGUGGGAAAAGAUUUGGUGAAAGGCGACAUCUGAACAGACACAUGAUUUCUCAGACAGAAGCAAAACAUUUUAACUGCUCUGAUUGUGUGAAAAUAUUUGGCCACAAGGCAGAUCUGGAGAGACACAUGAGAACUCACACAGGGGAGAAACCUUUCAGCUGCUCUGAGUGUGAUAAAGCUUUCGCUGAACGUGGAACCCUGAAGAAACACAUGAUGACUCACACAGGAGAGAAACCUUUCAGCUGCUCAGUUUGCAAUAAAUCUUUUACAAAGAGAGGAAGUUUACAGAGACACAUGGUAGUCCACACAGGAGAGAAACCUUUCAGAUGCUCAAUUUGUAAUAAAUCUUUUACAGAGAGAGCAAGUUUACAGAGACACAUGGUAGUCCACACAGGAGAGAAAAGAUUCAGCUGCAGUGUUUGUAAUAAAAGAUUUGCCUGGCGUUCUCAUGUCAAAAGACAUAAAUGUGUUGGACAGAUGGAGACAGAAGCUGAUGGAGAGGAGUGUCAGUUUUUCCCACAGAAUUAGAUUCCAUUUGUGGUGGUAGCUGACCCAGGGGGGGUGCGCAGAAAGAAGUGCAGACUUCUUAUUUUAAUUGUACUGUAAAUAUUUGUAUACAAAAUUAUACAAAAAAAGUAACAAUUCAAAUUUUUAAAUGUAAUGGUAUA